AUGGACGCCAAUGACCAACCCGCCGACGUGGAAUCCCUUCCUGCCGAGAUAUGGCAGCACAUCAUAGCGGAAGCCUGUAAAGACGGCGGACGUACAGGCACAUCGCUCAUACUCACCUCCAAAUUCUUCCACACCCACGCAUUCUACAAUCGCUUCUAUACUCUCGCCUUAACAUCCCUUGCGAGGCUUGAAGGCUUCUUGUCUUGCGUUCGCUCCUCUGUGUGGCCAUUUCCUGUUCGACAUCUAUGGCUAUCCCCCCAACGCGAAUGGAAGGCAGCCUCGAGCUAUCAAGCUGUUGCAGAGCAAAAGAAGCUAUGGGACGCCCGCUACGUAAACGCGAUACGAGAACUUCUUCCCCUAGUCACGCCGACGACACGCACCCUGGUCAUCGUUCAGGACGGUAGUUGGCUUGGGCGUGUGCCUUGGUUCGAGUGCAACUUUCCCCUCCUCGAGGAACUCACCGUCUGUGGGGACGUUGCGGCCGUGUUGCCAUCGUCCGCAGACUCCGCACACGAAACGGGUCCCGACAGCGCGACCGUACCGGGAAGCACUCGAGACCUGCCCCGUGUUCCCUCGCUGAAACAUUUCCACAUCGCCACCAACUCGUCCAGGGCACGCGUCGCGCUGCUGUCCACUUAUUCAUGGCUACGUGCCUCGCCGAUCACACAUCUCCGCGUCUCCGAUGUGAGCGACGACGACCAGAGGAUCGGGUUCACGAGGAUCCUCGCGCGUGCGCUCGGCCUCCCGGAACCUAAUGUCGGUGGGGGCUGGAAUUCCAAUGAUCAAAGCCAUCCAGCUCUGCCCGCGAUCCCAGGCUCCUUGAUGCGUGGAGAAACAAUCCUGCCAUGCUUGCAGAAGCUCCUGAUCCAAACCGUCGAGCCUAACCCGGGUCUUCGUGGAGAUGUGGACGACCCGUUUGACCAGUUGAAAGCGUCGCUGCGUGAGCUGGCGUGGGAAAUCGAAGACGUCGAGGGGCUUUCGCUGCUCGUGACGGAGAAGAGCUAGAAGAAGUUGCCGAAUUGGGAGCAGCGCCUUUGGGAUCAUUGGCUGGACAGGAUGGAGGGGAGAAAGGGCUGUUGGGUUGAGUCAGCUGAAGAGGAGGAGGCCUUGGAGGGUCUGGACGAUCCGCAUCCUCACGUUGUCACGGGCUUCCUUGUGAUGGACUAGGAGCAUAGAGGAAUCUCGAGCUGGUGCAAUGUGUGCACUGCUUCUCCUGGUCAUCCUGGCGACACGAACGUCGGUCUCGAUC